UUCCACGUGCUCGUCGAUCACCACCACCGCGGCCAGCGACAAGCGUGGUCAUAGUGUAGUGGGAGUGCGAUAUUUUCCAAAUCUCCACCGAUCCGUACCGCCACUCUUGCACCGAAACUUAUGCCGCGCGUAUCGCACCGUCACGGGGAUCGAGGUAUCGCACGACAGAUGAAGAAAUAGACAAACGAGCCGGAGUGGAUCUCGAGCGAUCGGCCAAGUGCCACGAGACCUCCUCGUGGUAGGCUUCGAGUCAUCCGUCGGAAAUAAAGCGAGAACAACAAUCCUAUUCUGCGCGUUGCCACUGGAAAUCGUAUCGCGAAUUUCCCGGCCCCGGGAAAGAUUUCGGGAUCAAUAGUGAUCGGAGGAGGGUCGUUGGCGAGGACGCAUUGGAGGACAUCCAGCGGACGUCGAAGUCGAGCCGCGCGGGAGAAAGUGAGGGGUCUUUGGACUGAAGUUCGGAAAACCGAAAAUCAAGAGUGUUGAAAUCGCGCCUAUAAUCAGCGGGCGUGUCUCGUCGGGGAGUUACACGGCAUUAUAAUCCCCGACGUGCAAGCUGUCAUCAAGCCGUGCGCCAGAAGUGUAGACCUGCCUUUAUCGUCGGCCGUAGCCUACCGUUACUACUGAAUCGACGACAAGUAGAUAAAGUACGCUCCCCUUGUUACUCGCACAGCGGAAGUCUGAACUGCCGGGAAAAUGAAGGAUUUUAUGGUGAUCUGGAACACCUUGUCGCGCCGCCAGAUCUACACGUCGGUGAACACCAACCCCAAUGGCAAUAAACUGGUUGAGCAGGAGGAGACGAGGUCGUUGACGAACCUUCAAAGAAAGUCCUCUGUGGUGGUGAAUAAAUUCUUCAAUGCCAGUCUACCAGUGCAUUCCGACGAUGGCAGACGGAAAUGGUCGAAAAAUACCUUCAUACUGAUGACUUUCGGUCUGCUUAGCCUCAUAUGCGGCUGUCUUGUGCUACUGUAUAACCCCUACGAAAUGAUUUUCAAGUGGAAGGUGACCUUCGGCGAGGGCGGUGAGAUCUUUGAGUUAUGGCGAAAACCCGAGGUUGACAUCUACCUCAAGGUCUACCUGUUUAACGUGACAAAUCGCGACGAAUACCUGAGCGGCGAGGAAAGCAAGCUACGAUUCCAAGAAGUUGGGCCCUACGUGUACAAAGAAGGCUUUGAGCACGCGAAUGUAGUGUUCAAUGAUAACGGUACGUUAUCGGCGGUACCCGUGCAUCCACUGAAAUAUAUUCCGGAGAUGAGCAACGGUACGGAAGAGGACCUUGUAAUAAUGCCGAACAUUGCGCUAUUCAGUAUCACGAAUGUGAUGAAAGAUGCCGCAUAUAUAUCCAGGUGGGGCCUCAAUACGCUAAUCCGUCGUACAAAAACUCAACCCCUGGUUCAAAUGACCGCACGUGAAUUCAUGUUUGGCUACCACUCGGCUCUCGUUACCCUUGGCAAUCAAGUAAUGCCCAACUGGAUCAAGUUCAAUAAAUUGGGACUAAUCGACAGAAUGUACGACUUCGACGGUGAUUUCGAGACGAUUUACACGGGAGAGACCGAUAUUCGACUGACAGGCUUGAUCGAUAAAUAUAAUGGGGACGUGAACCUGCCGCAAUGGCCUGGUAAAUGCGCGAAUGUGCAAGGUGCGAGUGACGGCGUUAAGUUUCCGAGCUUCAUCGAGCCUAACGACACGAUCCUCUUCUUUCGCAAGAGUCUCUGCCGAAGCGAACGACUGGUACGAAUCGGAGAAAAGGUGGUGCAGGACCUGGACACGUACAAAUAUACGUUUAUGGAGAAUGAAUUGGAUAACGGUGCAGUGAAUCCCGAAAAUAAAUGCUACUGCCGUAAAGGAGAGUGUCUGAAGCCCGGCUUGAUCGACGUGACCGAUUGUUACUACGGAUUUCCAAUCGCCCUGUCGUAUCCGCACUUUUACAAGAGCGAUCCGUCGCUACUGGAAGCCGUCGAGGGAUUGGAGCCCAAGAAGGAGCUGCACGAAUCCUACUUCUACAUUCAGCCGAAAUCCGGGGUACCCGUGGAUCUAGCAUCCCGAUUCCAGAUUAACAUGGCUCUACAGAAUAUCGGACACAUGGCUAAUGUGGAAAGGUUCUCCGAGUUAACGCUUCCGAUGCUGUGGUUCGAAAUCGGAAUGUACAAGUUGCCGAAAAGCAUGCACAUGCGGUUUUUGUUUUACUUGAACGUCAUGCCAAUUGUAGAGGAAGUAAUAAUGUGUCUGCUGUUCCUUUCCGGAGCAAUGUUACUCGUCUGGAGCGUCAUGAGAAUAUUGUCUCACCAAACGAAGAAAUCGCCAGAGGAAUGGCUAAAUAUGAGAAGAAAGCGACGAAAGUCACAGAUUGAGAAGCUAAACGAUUCAAGAUUCAAAGAAAUGGAUGCACAGAACACGCUUUUGACUUCCGACGAUCCGAGUUUGACGUUAGUAGUCUAAUUACAGUGAUCGAGCUAAUGGAAACGGAUAGGAUAUUAUUCUUCCGGCCAUUAUUCUUAUUGCUACAAACGAAACAGUGCAAAUACAGUAAGGUCAACUAUUUUGCAAAAUUUAUAUAUUGUCGUGCUCUGUAUAUUAUUGGAUAUCCGAAGAGAUAAUAUGACGUUAUGUAUGUAGAGUAUCAGGAAUCAUAUAUCAUUCGAUUUAGUCGAUUUCAAUUUAAUCAAUUUCGGAAUACUCAUAUUUUUACAUCUGAUGUGAUAAUUAAUGGAAGAGACAGCCGAAAUUUUUCGAUACUUCGUAUUUUCCAUAAUCACCGUUAACAAUUUUUAUUACAAAAUUGUUUCUUGACUUAUAGUCAACUCAACUUACUAUAGAGAUAUGCAGUUUUAAUAGCAACGUUAUUUGUAACAUUAGCCAGCAACGGUAUUCAUCUAGAAUUACAUUCUAGAGUUAAACAUUCUAGAAAAUAAAGCUAUUUUCUUCUUCAUAACGUAGCACGUUACAAGAUUUGUUAUAUGCCAAAUUAUAUAAACCGCAUCAUUGUAAUGUUUUACUUAUUGCGGACAUUUUUAGACAAUUUAAUUCUUUUCUUUAAAAAACAAAGUUUUUAAGUGUAAAAUAUUUCUUACAAAAAUUUUUUUAAAAGAUUGUGCUCUUGUACUAAACUUGUCUUUCUAAUGAGGAAAUAAUUAAUAGAUUCACGUAUUGACGUAAAAUUCUUAAAGAAACAACAUUGGAAUUAUGCGCCAAUUAACCCUUUGCACUCCGAAUUAUAUUUCAUCUAUUGGUUUGGACUUGAAAAAAUGCCGAGACUCGACAAAGGAGCUCCUGAGAUAAAAACUGAUGUCGAGUCACACUCGACAUAGGAGUGCAAAGGAUUAAAAGACAUUAUUCACGGGCUACAAAUGCAAUGGAAAAUUGUAGAGAAAAAAACAAUUAAAGAGAAAAAACAAAAAGAAAGAUACAACGUUGUUAUUAAAGCUAUUUUAUCGCUAUAGCCCAGUGAGAAAUGAAGGACGGAAAGGUGUCUACUAGACGACUAAUGGAUAUUAUAGCCGUCUAAUAGACAUCUUUUCGAACUGCAUUUCUUACUGGAUAUAUGCGCUGAAUCAUAUUAUUCCAAUCUCAUUAGGAUCAUUUUAAUCAGAAAAUUGGAAUGUCGUAUUUAUUCUGUUGUAUUCUAUUCUUUUUCGUAGAAAUUAUCUCAAUUAAGUUUUCUAAAUAAAAUGAACAAGAUAAUUGAAGAAUUAGUUUGGAAAGAAGCUGGAAUCUGCGUAAACUUCUAAAGAAAUUUUGGUAAUGCUUUGAUAAUGAAUACGUCAUGAAGAUAUCUUAUAUCAUUCACGUUAAACGUACUAAUAGUGUUUCAUUAUUGUUAAGUAAACCUAUGUCAAAUAAUAUGACAUGCUAAUAAUCAUGUCUGUGAUUACGUUUUGCUCUCUUAUUUUGGAGUAGUAUUGUUUUAAAUAUAAUAUAGCAUAUUGUAAAAUUAUAUAAUAUAGACAUAAUGUAGUGGAAUAUCCCAAGAAGAAAUAAAAAGUCAAGAUGACGUCAAUUUGAUGUCAUAUUGACCACAAUAUGACGUAAAUUUGGUCAAUAUGACAUCAAAUUGACAUCAUCUUGACUUUUAUUUCUCUUUGGGAUGUCCUAGAGCAGCGUAUGCAAAUAUAAGAAUAUUCGUCGCCAAGUUAAAAUCGGAACAGUUAACAUUAAAUCGACGGUCGCUUAAUUUUUAUAUAAUAGUAUAUAUUUAGAAAUAGAGAUAAUAAAUUUUGUAUGUUAAACGUUGAUAAAACGAAGAAACUCGCGUGAAAAAGUCAGCGUACAUUUAACGGGCUUAAUUCCUGAUAUAGAAAUAAGAUCGCCCAUCAAUCAUUUUUUAAACGCGUAUAUGUAUAUUUUAUUUGAAAAUCUUAAAGAAAAUAUCUAUAAAUUAGUCAAUUUAACAUUACUACUUGGAAUCGACCUCUCAUCAUUAAUUUCUUUAUUUAAUAUUUUCCUUUCCUUACUUUAAACAGAAAGUCAUUUGCUGGGAGCUUGCCAUUUAUUAAAUAGUUGCUAGAAAACCAAAAUUCCAGAUAGAUAUUCCAAGUAGUAUCAAGAGAAUCACCUUAUACAUCCAGAGAUCUCAGAUCCCAUGUGGAGCCCAUGUGCCACAUCAUGGAUUACUUUCCUCUUCACAUGGAUUCACAAUUGUUAUAUACACGCAAAGCCGUGGCAAGAAUAAGUAGAGAAGGCAAAUUAUUUUAUUAAAUCGACUAGUUUUAACCGGACGACAUGUUAUGUAAAGCUUUUCAUUUAUCGCCUAAAAUCAGAAUAGUCUUUAUUUAUUUCUACAGUAACAUGACUCAGUAACCCUAUACGUAGUAAUACAUUUGUAAUCUGUAAUGCAGUUUGUUAUACCUCAUUGUAAAUAUGUAAAUAAUUAGUGAAUUAUCAAAUAUGUAAUGUACACUAAUUGUAAGAUGUUAUGUCUAUCAAAAGUAUAGCUCAGUAUAUAGCUCGUAAACGAUAGCAUCUUGCGAUAAAUAUUUCUCAUUGAAA